AAACACGGCAACCAAAAAAGAAAGGAAAAAAGAAAAAAGAACAGCGAACAAAAAACACGACGCGGCACAGAGCACCGCACCACCGGCCCGCUCCUGUCUCCCGGCGUCGUCGUCGCGUCCGCCACCCCAUGAGGCCGCCCCCGAGACAUGCCUCGUAGCCCCGGCGUCAGCAGCAGCAGCAGGAGCCGCCGCCCCCUCCUCCGCGCCGUGCCCGCGCCGCCCGCCUCCCCCGCCCCGGCGCCGCGGCCAUGGCCAUGCCGUUCGCGCGGCGCGACAUCGAGGCGGCGGGCGCCGGCGCCGGCGCCGGCAGCGACGACUCGCCGGCCGCGAAGAAGGGCAAGCCGGAGCUCCCCGGGGCGCGCCCCGCGCUGACGCGGUCCGAGGCGUUCGCGUUCGCGGCCGUGCUCGCGCUCUUCACCGCGGGGAUCUUCUGCGUCUUCCUCACCGCGCCACGGCGCGAGUUCGGGCAGAUCCUCCGCCUCCCGCGCAGCCUCGCGGACGUCCGCCUCCUCAAAGACAACCUAGCUGUUUAUGCUAGAGAUUAUCAAGCAAACUUUAUAUUGGGGUAUUGCUCCAUAUACAUAUUCAUGCAGACAUUCAUGAUCCCUGGAACAAUAUUCAUGUCUUUACUUGCUGGGGCCCUUUUUGGAGUGAUCAAAGGUGGCAUUUUGGUCGUCUUCACUGCCACAGCUGGUGCAUCAUCUUGCUAUUUUGUCUCCAAGUUGAUUGGUAGACCCUUGGUUAGUUGGUUGUGGCCUGAAAAAUUGAGAUAUUUUCAGUCAGAGAUUGCUAAGAGGAAAGAAAAGCUGUUGAACUAUAUGCUUUUUCUGAGAAUAACACCAACUUUACCCAACACAUUCAUAAAUAUGGCGUCACCAAUUGUUGACAUACCUUUCCACAUUUUCUUUGCUGCAACACUAGUGGGCCUCAUUCCAGCAUCUUAUAUUACUGUAAAGGCUGGUAGAGCCCUAGGCGAUCUGAAAUCAGUUAGAGAGUUGUAUGACUUCAAGACAUUGGUAGUUCUAUUCCUUAUUGGAUCAGUUGCUGUCGCUCCAACAAUCCUGAAAAGGAAGAGAACAUACGAGUGAUGCUCCGGAGCAUCUAAAUACUUUCUUCAGACGCUCUAAAAUGUAUUAGCAUUUUUCACCUUUCUUUUUUAUUUUUGAUAUUGUAUACCAGUUCCAUUCUAGCUGUAGAGAUGUAACAUUGAAUGCUUUCUAAUACGAGAUGACCCCAUCACUUUGUCUGCCGGUCCCA